AUGCUAUCAACCCCAUACGUUAUAACCCUAAUUCUAACCAUAACCCUUGUAAUUUUUUUCCUUGUCCCAUAUCUCUUUCCUUCCAAGCACCCUGUCCAUAUCUCAGUUUCCGACGAACUUGAAGACCUUGUUCUCUUUCGCCGCGCCACACUCGCCUCAAUCUCCACCCCCUCAUAUUCCUUCAAACCCAAGAUUGCCUUCCUCUUCCUUACCACCUCUCACCUCCCUUUGUCCCCCCUUUGGAACAAAUUUUUUCUUCACCAUCAAAACCCCCACCUUUACAACAUCUACAUCCACUCUGAUCCCACCUAUCGAACUUCAAACUCUUUCACCGGCGUGUUUUCUGGUCGUGUGAUCCUCAGCAAGCCUACUGAACGUGCCUCACCAACCUUAAUCUCCGCCGAACGUCGCCUUCUUGCUACUGCUCUCAUGGAUGAUCACAUGAACAUGUAUUUCUCUCUUCUCUCCCCAUCUUGCAUUCCCCUCCAUUCCUUUUCAUAUGUUUAUAACUCCCUUUUCCACCCGCCUAAAAAAUUCAAACAAAACCUCGACCUCAUUAGCUACAUUGAAAUUCUCACCAAUGUAUCCUAUCUUCCUGAUCGUUAUGAUGCUCGUGGUGAAGGUGUUAUGCUUCCUGAACUUCCCUACCAUAAAUUUCGUGCCGGGUCUCAGUUUUUUGUUUUAAACCGGAAGCAUGCACUAUUGGUUAUCAAUGAACAAAAACUUUGGCGAAAGUUUCGAUUGCCUUGUAUUAAUAUUUUUUCUUGUUAUCCAGAAGAGCAUUAUUUUCCCACACUUUUAUCUAUCCAAGAUCCUAUGGCUUGUUCGCAUUAUACUCUUACUAGGGUUAAUUGGACUAAUUGUUUUGACGGCCAUCCUAAUACUUAUCGUCCAUCAGAUGUCACACCAAAUCUUAUCUACAAAUUAAGGCAAUCAAAUCAUAGUUUUGACUACUUAUUUGCAAGAAAAUUUUCACCUGAUUGCUUGGACAAAUUGAUGGAUAUAUCUAACGAAGUCAUAUUUCAAGAUUGA